AUGGCUACUGGUGAUUUGGCAGCAGGAGCCAUCUUAUUAUUACAGACAGUAUUUGGAAUGCUGGGGAAUUUCUCUCUUCUUUACUGUUAUCUCUUCCUGUGUUGUACUGGGGAUAGGCUGAGAACUGUUGAUUUGAUUGUGACGAAUCUUAUUGUAGCCAACAUCUUCAUUCUGUUUUCUACUGGAUUCUGCAGUCCAAUAACAACUUUUGGGUGGAGUUGUCUGAAAAGUGGAUCUGCAUGCAGAGUUUUUGCUUAUCUUCGCGGAGUGGGCAGGGGAGCAUCCAUUGGCAUCACAUGCAUCUUGAGUGUCUUCCAGGCCAUCACGAUCAGUCCCAGGAACUCCAGGUGGGCAGAGCUUAAAGUGAAAGCUCUCAAGUGUGUUGUUCCUUCAAUUAUCCUGUGCUGGGUCGUGAACAUGAUGUUAAAUAUCAUUUAUCCUAUUUUCGUGACUGGAAUAUUGAGUAACAAAAGCAUCACAAAUAGAAAAAGUUUCCAACAUUGUUCUGCUGUUCCUAAUGAUCAUUAUGGAGAAACAUAUGCAGCAAUGAUGUCCAUGCCUGUUGUCUUUUCUUUUGUGGUCAUGAUCUUGGCCAGUGGCUCCACAGUUUUCACUCUGUACAGGCACAAGCAAAGAGUCCAAAAUGUUCAUAGAAUCAAUGGCUCCUCCAUAUCCUCUGCUGAGUCCAGAGCCACUAAAACCAUCCUUCUCCUGAUGGGCAUUUUUAUUAAUUUUAAUACACUUUCCUCCAUCUCUUAUAUUAUUUUGGGUAUUUCCAACAAUGCUGGUUUGUUCAUUUCGACCAUGUCUGCAAUAGUCAUUUCAUGUUUCCCAGCUAUCAGUCCCUUUCUGCUUAUGAGUCGUGACUCCAGAGUAUCCAGGCUCUGUUUUGCUGGGAAAAGGAAUGCAAACUCCCCUACUCUUAACAGAAAGGUGUAA